GUGGAUCACAUUAGAAACCUACACUAACCUUACCACAAACUGGGAUUUCCUGACGGGGUGGGGAUCUUAGAGAACCCUGUCACAUUCUUCAGGAUCAAAUGAUGGCAGACCAUGGUGACCCAUGCAACGAGUUAGAGGUUUCUUACUGUAUGAAUGGAGGAAAAUGCUUUAAAAUUUAUUUUAUGGAUACGCUUACUUGUCUCUGCAGUGAGAACUACAAAGGUAGUCGUUGUGAGCAGUAUCAGCUGUUCACCACUGCACAUGAUGCAGGGGAGACAGGACUGGUCGCUGCUGUGGUCAUCAUUGUCCUUUUUAUUCUAGUUGUGUUGGUAGUAGUAAUCUACUACACCUGCAAGCUAUGGAAGGCCAAACCAAAGAACCAGCAGAAAAGCAGUGAACAACAGUAUUGGAGAGUAGAGCCCAGAGUAUGAGGCCUGUUGUAUAUUGUUUUGGGGACAUCGGAUUGGAUAACAAAAUGUUUCAUGGACGGUGGCAUGAUAUAGUGUGGGUCUGGAUGCUGCUGGAGAUGUGGCUAUGAAGGACCAGGAGGACAGAGGAGACUUAUAUCCACAAACAUUCUGCAGCAAGCGUCAAAUGUCACGCUGCAGCCUGUUUGAGUGGCCAUCAAAAGCUGAAGCUGCUGUAGACACAUUACAUUUACAUUUAAGUCACUUAGCAGACGCUCUUAUCCAGAGGGACUUACAAAUUGGAAAGUUCAUACAUAUUCAACCUGGUCCCCCCAUGGGAAUUGAACCCUGGUCCCCCCGUGGGAAUUGAACCCACAACCCUGGCGUUGCAAGCGCCAUGCUCUACCAACUGAGCCUCACGGGACCACAAAGAUAGUCAGCCACAACACUUUUUCUCCAUACUGUGUGACUGGGUGUAGGACUGACUACGACCUGUUACAAUGGCUGCGUUUAGGCAGCCCAAUUCUGAUAGUUUUUUCACUAACUGUUUUUUUGACCAAUCAGAAAUCUGAAAAAGAUCAAAAGACCAACGAGUACGAAAAAAAUCUGAAUUUGGUUGCAUGUGUAAACGCAGUCAAUGUGUUUCAUUCCAAUGGCUAUUUUCCACUUACACACACAAUACAUGCUUUUAAAGCUGGUGGAUGGAAUGGCAUGGAGUGAAACCUGAUGCCUUCACUCAAAGGAAUACUAUGACUGUAAAAUGUUUGCUUAGCCUUUGCUUUAAUUGACAGAUAAGUCAUUGAGUGUGUCGAAGUUCAAUUGUGAAUGUGCGCUUUCUCUAAGCCUGUGAUACCAUAGAUUAGAGUACAAUGGGGCAAUACUUUGAAUAUUUCAUGUAGAAUUCACAUGCUUUUCUCAAUGUAUCAAUAAUGCAUCUAUUUGUUCAACUUUCAUACAAGUCAAACAUGAAGUGAGCAUUAGUUACAGUAAGCAUCUUUCUUGUAUUAUUGAAUGAAUGUUCAUGUGUAAUAUCACAAAUCACAAUAAUAAA